GAUUAUCACACAAGUUUUCAGGUUAUAUAAAUUGCAAUAUUUUCAAUUAUUAUUGUAGUAGUAGUAAACUAUGGUGCAUUUAAACAUACCACUAUUAGUUCGCGCCCGUGGCCCCGAUGAGUUUUGGCGCAAGAGACGUAUUUUUAAAUUGGCUGCUCAUUAUCGCAGUCGCACCCGAAAUGUUUACUCAUUUGCAAUACGCAGCGUUCAUAGAGCCCUGGCAUAUGCCACCAAAGGUCGCAAGCUGAAGAAAUUGGACAUGGCACAGUUGUGGACAACGCGCGUUGAAGCUGGAUGUCAACAGUAUGGUGUCGCCUUGGAUACGUUCAAAGAAGGUCUAGCGCGAUCAGAUAUAUUGCUUAACAAAAAAAUGCUAUCAGACUUAGCCAUUUGGGAGCCGCGUUCAUUUGAAGCACUAGUAAAAAUCUCUAGAGAACGUGCUGCUGUGGAAGGCCUUCCGGAUAUUAAGCAACGAUCCGCUUUCAACCAGGUCUAUGGACUGAGAAAUCUGAAGCUAGACUAGUUUAAGUGUUAUUUCUACAAUGUACAAAUAUAGUUUUAUACAACAACA